CCCCCCCCCCCCCCCCCCCCCAUUUGGAUUAGCACGUGAAGGAUUAACUGAAGAGACAAUCAGAGAGAGGGGCAUAAUGUCAAGGGAGCGCAAGAAGGCAGCAGCUGCUCUACAGGAGAAGAUGCAGAUUCUGCGCUCCAUCACUCACUCCCACGCGCUGAGCAAUCCUUCCAUAGUCAUGGACGCGUCGGAGUACAUCAAGGGGCUGAAGCAGAAGAUCGCGAGGCUCAACCAGGAGAUCGCACGCGAGGAAUACGCGCACUCGCACAAGCAGAACUCUUUCCCCACGGUGAGCGUGGAAGCCCUAGGGCAUGGGUUCCUCGUGAACGUGUCCUCCGACAAGAGCUGCCCCGGGCUGCUCGUCGCCGUGCUGGAGGCGUUCGAGGAGCUGGGCCUCACCGUGCUCCAGGCCACGGCGUCCUGCGCCGAUACGUUCCGCCUCGAGGCCGUCGGAGGAGGAGAGAACCAGGCGGCGAGUGUGGAUGAGGAUGUCAUCAGGCGGGCGGUGCAGCAGGCCAUCACCAACUGCGGCGCGGAGCAAGGGGAUCAGUAGCUAGCUGCUUUACGUGCCCCCACAUAUUCUUCUCGAUCUGCCGGCCCGCCCAUUUGCAUAGUUUCAUGGCUCUUCUCUCGAUCUACCGGAUGAGCUGCGAUGAUAUAUACAUCCAGCUCAAUCUCUAGCAAUUCACCUUGUACUAUCUGUUGAUGAGUGAUGAUGGUAAUUCUAUCGAAAUUGCAGGUAGUCCGGCAAGGUGUUAUUUAUCAGUUA